AGCUCCACCAACCCUCUGCCCUCCCCUCCGCCUCCGCCCUCCUCCUCCACCUCGAGCGGACAGCCAACCGCGCGGCCGCUUCUUGAGCCGGGCUCCUCGGUCGCCAUGACGCCCGGCAAACAUUCCCAAGCCGCUGACGCGGGCGGUUGGGGUCCGGGCACCGCUGAGCCCUAGUCUGCGGGUCGCCACCAUGUACGGCUCUCCGACGAGCACCCGCAAGCAGGCCCUCUUUGCCGCGAGUCCCAGCUCACAAACAAGGAAGUCCAUUAGCUUUAACCCAUCAAAAGCAAGUUCAGGGAAAGGAGGAUAUGCUGGCGUAAAUCAAAGCAGACUGGUCACGUCAAGAACUAUGGUUUCUGUACCUGAGAUAAAGCCUGCAGAAAAACUGAAUAUUUCUAGCACUAAGACAGUCCAGGUGUUUGAUGUGAGAGGCAUUGAUGUCACUCCCCGACCACUCUACCAUCCAGAUCCGCUUGUCGGAACAGCAAAGCCAAAUAAACUCUUGACGUCACAAGAAGGAUCACUCGGAUCAGACUUUAUUUCUUCAUAUAGCCUGUAUCAAAACACAAUUAACCCUAGUAUGCUAGGGCAGUUUACAAGGUCAGUUCUAGGGAGCAGCACAGUGUCGAAGUCAAGUGUGUCCACAACUGAAUCAAUGACAGAGGACUUAGAAGAACCAGCUUACAAGAGAGAAAGACUGGCCAGUUUUACAGAUGUUCGAGUUUUGAGGACCACACCUGAAACAACUAUAACAAAGGAAGAUCUGGAGAAGAACAUAGAGAUCAUUCUCACAGAGACGGAAACAUUGAAAUUUUUUGACCUGCCAACAGUCAUGUUCUCAGUAGAAUCCGAAGAAGCUGAGAAAAUAACACAGAAGAAUAAUAAUUAUGAAAUCCUUUGUAGAAAUAGAUUAGGCAAUGACUUAUAUGUGGAAAGGAUGAUGCAAACAUUUAAUGGAGCCCCCAAGAAUAAAGAGGUUCAGUGUGAUAAAAUUGUCAUGGAAGAAAAAGGCAUAAUGGCCACUGCCUGGGAUUUGUAUGAUUCUUUCAACAUUCCCGAAGCUCUAUUAUCAGCAAAACAAUCUUUAGUUGCAAGUAGAGGAAAUUUACUUGCUAAUGAUCAGGACCCAAAUCAACAAGAUAGUGAAACUAGUUCCUUAAUGGAUAUAGAAAAUGUAAUUCUGGCUAAAGUUCACGAAGAUGAAGAAGACAAUUCAGAGGCAAUACUAAAAUCUGAGAAGCUUCAUCAAGACUUAUUUUUCAUGGAAAGGGUUUUAAUGGAAAAUGUAUUUCAGCCAAAGCUUGCAGCCUACCGCCAACUCCCUGUUUUAAAAGAAAAUGAGCCUGGAGAGGCUGAAGAAUCUUUGGAAAAGGAGAGUCAUGAGGAAGCAGAUGAUGAGGUUAAGAAGGAGGAUGAGGAAGAAACGGAAAUGGAACUAGAACUAGAGAUAACCACAGAGCAGUCAACAAUACCAGCCAAUUUGGAACGGCUCUGGUCUUUUACCUGUGACUUAACCAAAGGCCUUAAUGUGAGCAGCCUUUCCUGGAAUAAAGCAAAUCCAGACCUUUUGGCUGUUGGCUAUGGGAACUUUGGAUUUAAAGAGCAAAGAAAAGGAAUGGCUUGCUGCUGGUCAAUAAAGAACCCCAUGUGGCCAGAGCGUAUUUAUCAGAGUUCAUACGGAGUCACCUCUGUGGACUUUUCAAUCGGCACCCCUAAUCUGCUAGCAGUUGGCUAUCAAAAUGGCACGGUUGCAGUUUAUAACGUGCAGAGCACCAAUAACAUUCCAGUUCUGGACAGUAGCGAGUCACCUCACAAACAUCUGGGACCUGUUUGGCAAGUGCAGUGGAUAGAGCAAGACAGAGGGACUACAGGGGAUGACAAAAGAGAGAUCUUGGUGUCUAUAUCAGCUGACGGAAGGAUCGUCAAGUGGGUUAUUCGCAAAGGACUGGAUUGCCAUGAUUUGAUGCGACUGAGACGAACUACGGCUGCCAGCAACAAAAAGGGAGGGGAAAAGGAAAAAAAAGGCGAGGCUUUGAUAUCUCGGCAGGCGCCUGGAAUGUGCUUUGCUUUUCACCCCAAGGACACCAAUAUCUACCUGGUUGGCACAGAAGAAGGCCUUAUUCACAAGUGUUCCUGUUCAUACAAUGAGCAAUACCUAGAGACCUAUAGAGGACACAAGGGUCCAGUGUAUAAAGUUGUAUGGAAUCCAUUUUGUCCUGAUGUCUUCUUGAGCUGCUCUGCAGAUUGGGGUGUCAUGAUCUGGCAUCAGGAGACUCUCAAGCCAUUUUUGAGUUUUUACACAACUACUUAUGUUGUUUAUGAUGUCGCCUGGUCUCCAAACUCUGCCUAUAUUUUUGCUGCUGCAAAUGAGAGCAGAGUAGAGAUUUGGGACCUUCAGAUCAGCACUUUGGACCCUCUGAUUGUGAAUGUUGCUAAUCCUGGAAUCAAGUUCACAACCGUUCUCUUUGCCAAACAGACAGAUUGCCUUCUAGUGGGAGACAGCGAUGGGCAGGUUGCAGUCUAUGAACUGAAACAUAUGCCUACUGCUUCAGACACUGGCCGGGGAGAUGUAAUAAGUGCUCUGCUUGGGCCCAAGACAAACCAACCAGGAUAAUCAAUCAUUCUUGCUACAUUUUGUUCUUGUUUAAGGAAAAGGGAAUAAUAUUAUAUACUGUAAGCUAAGAUUUUAGUUUUAAGAGAGCAAUAUGUGGCCUAUACCUUCCAUUUAAAUUAAAUUAGUUUUUAUUUCAGAAACAUGAUUAGUUUAUAAUUUUAAAUACUGAAGAUAUUUGUUGGGAUUUUCUUAAUUUUCUAAAGAUUUUUAUGCUCUACUUCUUGGUCAUAUACAUAAACCUAUAACAUGUCCAAAUAUCUUGGGAAAUGCUUUCUUUAAAAACUUAGCUAUUUUUCGCUGGGCGUUGGUAGCGCACGCCUUUAAUCCCAGCACUCGGGAGGCAGAGGCAGGCGGAUCUCUAUGAGUUUGAGGCCAGCCUGCUCUACAGAGAGAGUUUGAGGACAGCCUCCAAAACAAGACAGAGAAACCCUGUCUCGAAAAACAAAAACCCCCCAAAAAAACUUAGCUAUUUUUCUAAUUACUUCAUCUGCAGGUAGAAGAUAAAAAUCACAGAAACUUUGGGAUUUACAGUCACACAGCCACUGAAAUGAGCACAGUGAGCUCUCACAUCUGGCUUGGAAAAAUCAAUGCUGCCCUCCUAAAUCUGAGCCUCAAGACUAGAGAACUUUGUCAGACCGCUUGGCAAGCUAUGGGAGGGAACAGCAAAUAUCAGCCACAUUGUCCUGCUAGCCAGCAUCCCAUCUCCUCAUCAGAGGGGAACACUAAUCAAAAUACAUCAUCACCUUCCUCCGAAAGCCCGAAUCAUCUGUAGGGAACUUUCAGCGCAGACUUAGAGUUGUUUCAGCAAGAAAACAAGGUCUCUGCCCUAUACACCUGGUCAGGGAGUUUUCUAAAGAGGUCUAGAGAGAGAUUGGGCAGGAGGAUGGAGUACCCCCCAACCCACUGACAGACUGCUACAAGGUGGUCCAUGUGUUCAGGAGUCAAAGGAGGCUAGAAGGCAUAGCAGCCUGUUCUGUAAAGUGUUUUGAGUGAAGAAGAGAGACUGGGUGUGUGAAGCCAGCUGAGGCUCUGGAGGUCCUGUGUGUGUCUGUUCUGGUGAUGCUCCAUCACAGUGACAACUACUGAUGACAAUAACCAUUGCCUUGCCAUCUCCAUAUUGGGGAUCUAUCCACUAAACAAAAGUAACCCAUUUUUAGGUGGCUCUUGGGUUUAUCUCAUGUCCUAAAGAUUUGAUAUUUUUCUGCUGGUCUAAGUCAUUGUGGUUGCCUUUCUGAAAGAUUGAAAUAACUGUGUUACUUUGAGUAAAAAAAAACACAAUAAAAACUGAUUUAGUUGAAAAA